UUGGAUAUAAGAUGAAUGCUUUAGUACCUCAACAAAACAGUUGUCAGUCGCUUUUUGUCCCAUCAUAUUAAUCAUAUGAAAAUGUUUUCCAAGAUUAUUGCCUUCGUAAGUAUCAUCAGCCUUUCAAGAGCAGGAGUGGUACCAGCAGCAGUACCAGUGUUGGCUAAAUUAGAUGACUACGACCCUUAUCCUCAAUAUACAUUCGCUUACGAUGUCCAGGAUGCACUGACUGGUGAUUCAAAGGCUCAGUAUGAAACCCGUAAUGGUGACGUAGUCCAAGGAAGCUACAGUUUAAUUGAAGCUGAUGGAACCCGAAGGAUUGUUGACUACACUGCUGAUCCAGUUAAUGGAUUUAAUGCAGUCGUAAAUCGUGAACCAGCAGUUGCUGUUGCUCCAAUCGUUGCUAAAACAGCAAUUCCAGCAGCUCCAGUUGCUGCCAAAGUUGUCGCACCUGUAGCUCCAGUUUCUGGACCAAUUAUUGCUUCGGCGUAUGCAGCUCCAGUCGCUGCGCCAUUUGUUGCUUCUCAAUAUGCAGCUCCAAUUAUUGCAAGAAAUUUUUUACCGAAAAUUUCUCCGCUAAUAACCGCAAGAGCAAGUCCAUUAGUAUCAGCGCCUGUUGUCGUAAGACAGCCUAAAAUUUUUCAAGCUGCCAGAAUCGUGGAAUCACCUGCAGUAAAACAAACUUCAAGACCUGCUAAAUAUUCAAAAGUUAACAAUAAUAAGGUCGCACAGUUGUCCGCGCCUUUAACUUCUGAGGCAGCUGGUUACGUUUAUUAAAAAAAAAUAUCAUGACAAAUUAACUAAUUAAUUAAUCGAUUUAUAAUUAAUUGUUACUGAAAAAUAAAUUAGCACAUUAUGUACAAUCUACCUCAGUAAAAAAAAAAUAAAAAUAGUUAAUUAAUAAAUUAAAAUCGUGUGUAAUUGAAAUGUAUAUAAAAAAGUUUACGUAUAACUAGACAAUUAUGCUCGUGUUUUUUUAUUAUGCAAGAUACGACUUUGCGAGA